AGUCGUAAAUAUGCCAGAGGAUCCUUGUAUUUCUGGAGAUUAUGCCAAUAAAUUUCACUAAUUGCUAUUGAUAUAUUUGAUAUCGCCUAACAAUUUUAACGUAUAAAAGCAAUUUUUUUAAUGAGAAUAGCAUCAGUUUGAUCGCAGGUAAACCGAGCUAUUCAAAAUGAAAUUCUUCGCCGCUUUCGUCGCCCUCUUCGCCCUGGCCGUGGCCAGCCCCGUCGCUAGGAUCAGCGACGCUGAGCUCGCCACCAUCGUGGCCGCCAUCCAGAGCCCCAGCACCGACCCCGCCACCGCCGCCAUCCUCGAACACCAACUGCAGCAGAUCCUCGCUGGAGGCAACCCCAUCGCUGUCGGACCCGCCCCCAUUGAUACCUCUCCCAUCGCCGUUGGACCCGCUAUCGUCGACACUGUCGACCCCGUUGUCGUCGUCGACCAGCCUUCCCCCAUCGCCGUCGGCCCCGCCAUCGUACAACCCACCCCCAUCGGUGUCGGCCCCGCUAUCGUCGAACAGCCCUCCCCCAUAGCUGUCGGACCCGCUAUCGUCGAACAGCCCUCCCCCAUCGCUGUCGGACCCGCCAUCGUCGACUUCCCCGUCGUUGAGCCUUCCCCCGUCGCCAUCGUGCCCUCUCCCGCCGCCGUGCCCGAGUCUAGCAGCGCUCCCCUUGUCCAGAUCAUCCUGAACAUCAACCAGGCUGAGUCUGCUGCCGUUCCCCCCGUCGUUGCUGACACCCCCAUCAUUGAGGCCCCCAUCGCCGUCGACCCCGUCGUCGUGGUGGACCAGCCCGCCAUCGACCCCUCCCCCGUCAUCGUGGCCCCCGUCCCCGUCGACCCCGUGAUCGUGGCCCCCGCCCCCGUUGACCCCGUCAUCGUGGUCGAGCAGCCCUCCAUCAUCCCCGACCCCGUAGUCCUCCCCACCCCCGUGUUGCCUGAGGUCAUCGUCCCCGAGCCUGUGAUCCUCCCCAGCCCCGUGCUCCCGGAGGUCAUCGUCCCUGAGCCCGUGAUCCUCCCCAGCCCUGAAUUGCCCGUUGUCCCCGAGGCGGUCAUCACCCUCCCCGAAAUCCUCAACUAAACAAUAAAUUUAUUUGAUUUGUCUAUAAUAUUCCAUAACCAUGUAAAUUCCUUUAAAUUUUAAAUAUAUUUUUGUACAAUAGCAUAUAUUGAGAACAUGUUUUUCUUUCUGUUAUUGCCAUAGAAUGUAAUAAAGAUCUGGCCCACUUUA